AUGAACACCUUCAAGCUGCUGGGCAUGAGCGAGUACUACCACAAGGCGUCGCACUACGUCGCCCACCACCUGCCCAAAGUCUUUCGCGCCCGCCUCCUGCCGCCCUCUCUCAGCCUCUACCCCAGCCUAGUCACCGCCUACCACCUGACCGGCAACCGGAAGUACUACAACCACGCCGUCGACAUUGGCCUCCACGAGGUGCGCCACCUGUGGCCGUUGGAGGCGGCGGUGCUGCACUCCGCCGGGAGCGCACCAAAACGCGCCGAGUACCUCGCCAAACUGGAGACCGACUUUGACACGCUCUUUGAUGAGCACACCUACGACCGCGACUCCAUGUGGAAGCACUACUGGAUGCUCGUGAACUUGCACCGCUACUCCGCCUUCUCCACCAACUUCACCAUCACCAACUUCAACUACUGGCUGCGGCUGUGCACCGAGACGGUCGCUAUGGAGAACUUCGAGCUGACGCCAAAGCUGUUCAGCACCCGCCGCUGGCCGAAACUGCAGUACAUCAGCCCACUGGAGGGCUCCAUGCACAGCGUCGACUGCGCCUGGGGCGCCACCAUGGUGCUCGCCUCGCAGGCCACUGUCGACUCGGUGCUGCUUGGCCGAGGCAGCCGCCCUACAGCCCCCGCCAAUGUGCAGCUCGUCUGGUCGGACGGCCGACUGCUGAACACCGGCCUCAACAUCACCGACACCUGUCGGCUGGGGGCGGCCGUCAGCCCUCACCGGCUGCCCCUCCAUCGAAUGGCCCUCGACGAGGACCUGGAGGAGGUGGACGAGGCGACGCUGGCCACCAUCAAUCAGAUCAACGGCGGAAGCGGAAACGGAAACGGUGGUGCUGGCAAUGGCUACGAUGACCUCAGCGCCGACAUCGCCUUUGGCGGUGGCAGUCCUCAUAAGUUCCUCUGCGAACCCUCGAACUUCCUGCGCUCUCGAUCCCCGCCGACUCCUGCCGCCCUGAGCAGCACCUAUCACCUGAGCAGCAUGGGCAGCUACCAGUUGCAGUCUCAGCUGGCCCUGUCCUACUUCGUCGCCUACCGCGUCACCCGCAACGAGUACUACCGAGAGUUCGCCUGGGAGCAUUUUCUGGCGCUGGUGGAGCGCUGCCAGAAGGAGCCCAGCCACGCCUAUGCCUCGCUGACCAAGGACGGUCUGGUGAAUGUGCUCAAGUACCCCUCCGACCCCGCAGAGCAGGCCUCGGUCUUUUUCGGCGAGGUCAUGCGCUACCUGUACCUUACUUUUGAUGACGUCUGGAAGUAUCCUCUGCAGAA